ACUCCACUCCCCCCGCCUCACACGCGCGCCCGCCAUUGUUUGCUACCCUUGGCUUUCUAGCUAGCUCCCCUGCCCCCUCCACCGCUAGCUAGCUCGGCUAUAUCAUCAUUGCCUCGCACCGCACGCGGCUCUGCUCUGCUCCACUGCGCGCGAACAAUGGAGAGGUGGGCGCCGGAGCCGGCGAGGCCAAGGCGGCGGGCCGGCCAGCCGUCCUUCUCGUCCUCGCUGCUCGACGCCAUCUGCGACUCCAUGGACGAGCAGCCCGGUGGCGUAGGAACGACGGCGGUGAACACGGCCACCGAACGCGACGCGGCCGAGGCCAAGAAGCAGAGGGAAGCGGCCCUGCAUUGGUACUACUACUACAAGCCCUCCUUGGCCGCCAGCCACAGGGCGGCGCGCGCGGCACCGGCGCCGGGGGCAUCCGGGGACGACUGCACCGGCCGCGGGUACUUCUCAUCGUCGGAGGUCGAGUACUCCCUCCGCCGCCUCCGCCCCAUCCGCACCUCUGGCGGCGGCGGAGUGGCAGCGGCGCCUCCCUUGGAGAAGCAACAGCAGCCGGCGACGGAGAAGGCGAGGAGGGCGAGGAAGCCGGCCGCGGCCUCCGCCCGCGGCUGCCGCAGGCCGGCCUCCCCCGGCGCGCGGAUCGCUAGCCUGCUCAGCGCCAUCUUCUCCGGCAAGCGGCACUCGGCGAGGCAGCACCUGGCUCCGGCGGAGGAGGAGCUCGCGUGCUCGACGGCGCCGUCAAGCACCAUGCCCUGCCACGCUAAGACGCCGCCGUCGGCGCGGGCGCGGGCGCGGGCGAGCCGGAGCCGGAGCAGGACCGUGCGGUUCCUGGACAUCGACGGUGAGGUGGCCGUGGCCGCCGCUGCCGCAGGUUGCAGGCAAGUUCCGGUGGUGGAGGUGGAGGUGAAGGAGGUGCUGCUCCGGCCGGCCAAGGUCAAAGUCGGGCGCGACAGCGACGGCGGCGAGGAGAGCAGCGACGCGAGCUCCGACUUGUUCGAGCUCGAAAACCUCGCGGCCAUUGCUCCGGUGAACGGCGGGGGAUGUCGUGGUGGCGCGUGCGGGGACGAGCUACCGGUGUACGGGACGACCGGGGUUGGGCUCCGUCACGACAUUGGCCGGCGGCGUCCGUUCGGGUAUGGCAGCCUUGGCCAGAGUUAUAGAAGGGUUGUUUAAUUUGGAAUAGGUAAAUGGGGUAACUGUAAAAUAGUCUCAUACAAUCGGUAGUACUCUUUUUGUAUGGCAUUUCUUUUUCAGGAUUUCA